CAGCCAAGGUGUGUUUCUUAUUCUGAAAAUGGCGGAGCAUCUAACAAUGCAAUAACGAUAUUUUGAAAGCCACAAAGCCAUAGUUUCGCCGAGUUCUAACCCUUAUUUGCCAAUUGAGCCUCAAGGUAGGGUAUUGUUCUUCACUUUUGUUCUGUUUUCGGUUUAUAGUCAAAUGUAGAGUCAUGUUCGCUGUAUCAACUUACAAACGCCUACAUUUCGUUCUUGAAAUCUGGAAGCUCUUGAUUGUACGUUUAUUUGCUUUGUGUGGUAAGAUUUUAGUAUUCAAACCGUGUAUUGUAUUGUAUUGUUUUUUUUAAAUUUGGAAUUUCUCUUUUCCAUACAGUACUACUCGUUUCUCUGAAGCUUAAAAUCGAGGACGUUUGCUUCAAAGAAGACAUUACUUUGAUCAUUUAAAGUAGUUAUUUUCACUCUGUCUGUGGCAGCGUUUGAUAUUGUUUCCAUUUUAUUUGUGUACUUGAUAAUAUAUUUCCCGUCCUUCCUUCGUAUUUUUUCUACGUUUUCAAAAUGAAGUUAAGAAUUUUAAUUGACUGGUUUACGUUUUGCUGAAGCAAAAAGAACUGUCCUGAUUUCAACCUCGUUCUUUUCCUCGAUGAUCGAUAUUUGUCAUGUAAUGUGAAUAGUAUUUACAGUAAUAAACACCAAGUUCUCGCUUUUAGAAGUAGCUACGUAGUUCAAAAUCAGCCUUGCACUUUGGCUAUGUGUAAUCACAAAACUUAGCUGAAUUGUAACAGUGCUGAUAUGAUGACAUGGAAUGUUUUUUCAUGAAUAUUGAAUGCACGGUGGGUAGUAUACAGGGCUUGAAAUGAUAAUUUCAUGCUAGUACUACCUGUUUGGUGGAGUAGAAUCACUUCAAAAUAUAUGCUGGGUUUAACAAUUCCAGAAUAUUUGAUCACUCACCUCUUACUACCUGUGUGCAUCAAUUGUAUUAGAUUAUCGCUGGAAUAUUCUUGCACCCUUAAAAUAAUCACAACCAUUUGGCAUAGGUUUUAUUUCAUUUGCUGUAUGUAGAGGAAUGCCUCAUGCAUCAUAUCCAAUAUUUAUAACAUAUCAGGCAAAAUUACUUGGUGCUGACUGGCUGAGACAGCGGGGAUUUUUCAUUCAUUUCAGUAAUUGCCCAGGUGCAAACAUAUAUUUUAAUUGAAAAUAUUAAAAAUGCUUAACUUUGCUUACAAUUUAAUUGAUGGUAAAUAUUUUAGCAGGGCUGGUUUUAUCUAUGGCAUCACUGUAUAGAAAUGCAAUUUCAUAUAGCUGAUUUGCUUGUUUUACAUUCAUUGAUUCCAACUGAAAACUGAGAUGGCUUCGUACAAUAUUGUGCAACAGCAUGCACAUUUGACCUUCUGAUAAGAGAAAAAUUUGUGCCUUAUAUUACAAACGAGUAAUCGUAUGUUUUCUCGUAAAAUUUAGGAUUAAUAUCGUUUGUGUUAUCAGGAGUUGCAGAAAUUGCCCUCUUUACUGUGCGACCUGGGUAAUUUCUUCAACUUCUGAAAGCAGGUGUGGUAUUUAUCUGUAAUUUUUCUUGGCUCUGUGUCUACCUUCACUAAAGCUAGCAACACACAUGGUGAUUUUUGUCGUGAAUUGUUUUGGUAAUUACCACUAAUCCUAUGUAGCAGCUGAAAAGUUGUACUUUAUUUAUUACUUCAAGGAUUUGGAAUAAAAAACAGGACGUACACAGGAAAAUGGAUUGAAUGUUCAAAAACUAAAAAUGCUUGUGUUUCAUUUCCAUUUACAGGCUUUGCCUAAGUGUCAACAUGGGGAAGCUAUUAUCAAAAAUAUUUGGUAACAAGGAGAUGAGAAUUUUGAUGUUAGGUCUUGAUGCUGCGGGAAAAACCAGUAUCCUUUCGUCACUGUUAUAUUUUCAUUUUUAAAUUGUUAUUUUUAAAUUGAUUUGGUUAUCAGAUGAUAUUUCAUUUGUUUCCCUGAGCUGCAUGUUAAAAAUAAUUUAAUAAAACAUAAAAUGAUAAAGGAUAUAGAAUAAAAAUCAUUUUCAGUGUGUUUCAGGUCAUCAAAGUUUACUAGUCAGGGGUGCUUUAAACUGUGAUUAACCAUGUUAUCUCACAAUACACUAAUUACAAGAAACUUCAUUAUUAAACUUCAUCUCCAAGGGUGCAAUUGGCUAAAAGCAGACUGUUUGCUCUUUCAGCAUUAUCUGAGGAAGUACCUAGCAUGAGUUAAAGAUAAAAGCAGCUUAAACAAAACCUUAAAACUUUCCUUACUGACAAAUCUUGUGGCAGGUUGUUCUUUGUACAAAUUCUUUAUACAGGCAUGACCAUUGGUUUUCUAUUCAGUCAAAACUAACAGUAGUGGUACAUAAGUAUCACUGAUACAGUAUACCUAUCCUUAACAUUUUACCAGCAAUUUUAUACAAACUUAAGCUUGGGCAGUCAGUAACAACUAUACCAACAGUAGGUUUUAAUGUGGAAACUGUUUCGUACAAGAAUGUCAAAUUCAAUGUGUGGGUAAGUGUUAUGUUAGUGUACUGAGGUAAGCACUUUCAGUGUCCUCAGAGAGGAAGAGGUGUAGGCAGUGAGAGAAUUGUUAAUCCUUUAACUCCCAUGAGUGACUAAGACAGAAUUUCUCCUUACAAUGUCAAAAUAAUAUCAAGCAGACAAGUAAUGAGAAUAAGGAAAAAUCUGAAUUAGGGGAUUAUUUGUUGAUCCAAUACCAAAUUCUCCAGACUAGCAUCACAAGAACUAUAUAGCAGACCCGCUAAGGAGAAUUACCGUAAGGAGAAUUACCAAUGAGAUCUUAAGAGUUAAUAGGUUAACAGCAGUUCAGUUUCAAAUCCAAACAUUUCUUUGCAAAUCCUAGAACCAUCUUUGUUAGCCAUUGAUAUAAUUUGUCAUUUUACAUCAAACUGGCUCUAACCUGUUUGGCUCCAUCUAGACUUGGUAGACCUUCAAGGGCUCACUGUUAUCAUUAUUAUAUUUUUUUUUUUUUAAACUACAGUUUCUAGAAAAACGUUUUGUAAAACGUUGAAACCUGUGCAAGUUAUUCACAAAUAUAUAUUUGCGAACUAAUUUCCUAAUCCUGCCCAAGUGUGAAUAACCAAUUAUAACCUGUGAAUAUAAAUGACUUCCCAAGAUGUUUUUGGCUGCAAAACAUCUGUUUCUUAAAUUUUAAUUGCAGAAACAUCUCAUGAUCUCAAUUGCACAUGGUAAUCUUUAUUUCAAUCCCAAACUAGACUGUCAAUGGGGAAAUGUAAAAGGAGAGAAGUCCUUUGGUAAAAGACAAAAGAAAGGAGGGCUGUGAGAGAAAAAAUUGAAAAAAUCUUAUGAGGAGGGCAAAAAUAUUUCACCUAAACAGACAAGGGCUCAUUAAUAUACUGUCUAUGGUAGUCACACUUCAAAUAGAGCAUCAACAAUUUUUUUUACUCAAAGGACACCUGCAAAGGUCUACCAUAUCCUCAAGUUAGAAUUCAAAGCUCAUUUCUAGUUAUUGGUUACUUUUUUUAAUGAUUGAUUCAAAUAGCAAAAGUUGCACUGUUAUUAAAAACCAGCAAUCUUGAACAUUAGACAAUUUAUUUCAGGAUGUUGGUGGACAAGACAAGAUCCGGCCCCUAUGGCGCCACUAUUAUAACGGUACCCAGGGCUUGAUAUUUGUAGUGGAUUGUGCAGACUUAGACCGCAUUGAUGAGGCAAGAACAGAACUUCACCGGAUAGUCAAUGAUAGGGAGAUGAAGGAUGCCCUAAUUUUAAUAUUUGCAAACAAACAAGACUUGCCGGAUGGUGAGUGGCUUGUCUUUUCUUAACCCUUAAACUCCCAGAAGUGACUAACAUAUAACAUUCCCCCUUCAAUAAUGUUAUACAUCAUUCAGCCAACUAGUAAUGGGAUUACUCAAACUUAGCUAAGACCAUAAUAAAUUCCUUGUUGUGCGUUUUGUGAAAAAGAAGUAGAAGCUCAUGAGAAUGAGAAAGGUUCUUUGAAUUGUCUAUGCACCAAACUACCAUUAACCCUUUACACCCUAACAUCAGGAGGCAUAUUCUCCAUACUGUUAAGCAUACUCUGCAUAUUUGUUAAGGUGCUGAAAAUAAUAACUUAUUUAACAAUCAAAAGCUUCUUUAGUGAUCAUUUCCCUAUUCUGGGGACCUUUAUGUGUGAUUCAGGUAUGAUAUUGUAAGUAGAAAUUAGAUGCUGUCACUAAGGUGUCAAAGGCUUAAAACUUACUUUAAUGCAUUUUGCUCACAGCUAUCAAACCUCAUGAAGUUCAAGAAAGAUUACACCUAACCAAGCUAAGAGACAGAAAUUGGUAUGUCCAGCCGUCGUGUGCUACAUCUGGUGAUGGCUUAUAUGAUGGAUUGACCUGGCUUUGUUCCAAUCAUAAACAUUAAUUAUUGAAGAGAGCAGCUUUGGUGUGUGUAUACACUCUAGCUACAUGUACUAUAAUUGUUGCCUUAUAAUUUUUUAUACCCACCUUAAGAUAGAUCUUGAGGGUAGAUUAUUGCAUGAGUAUCUACGGAGUAGUUUAAUGUUUGAUUCAUGCAUCUCUACAUUUAGUGGAUGAAAGUGUAACCUCUUGCUUGAUAAGCAGAAGAAGAGUCUGUUACUAAUAACAAAACAUUGUAGGUUAUUUAUAUAGCACCUGUUCUUUUAAUGUCACUUAGUAGUUAAAAAUUGAAGCUAUUAAUUUAGAGUAUAUUGUACAUUUAGGGCAUAACCCUCAUAUAGAGUUUUAGUGUCUUGAAAAUACUUAACUUAACCCAACCAAACAAUAGCUGUUUCAUUGCCUUUUCACUGAGCAUUGCUUUUAAACAAGCAUUGCUUUUAGAGAAGGCAACUUGAUUUUAUGCAUUCGGAUUUGGUUUUAGACCCCCUAAAGAAUGAAAAAUCAAACUUUGUUGAUUGCAAAUAAACUUACCGACUGCAAAUAUGACCUUAAACUGUACAGAUACUCAGUGGAUCAAAAGGACAUUGCUAAAAAUGGACAGAUUGCAAAUGGAGUUUCACUAUAGCAAGUACAAAACUGUCUGCAGUGCAGUUCAAAUCUGCAGAUUUUGUGGGAGUGGCAAUGACUUAAACACAACUCUGGGCUUAAGUUUAAGAUUUGAGUAAGAGGAUUUGGGUUUUUACACACUCAUUGUAGACCAGCAGCUUUUAGUGUUCAAAUGGUUUUAAUCAUUUAGCUAGUAUUUAGGAGUGAAAUUUCACUUCCAGACCUGAUAUGGUUGAGUUAUUAGAACCACACACAAAGGUUAUCCAGUUUUAAUGCUUAUCAGUUUGUCCUCAACAAUCCUGCCUUGUAUGUUAACCUGUUGUUCACCACCAUUCUCUAUGUCAUUGUGAGGACAUUUUAACAAGAGCACAUUUAAAAAUGGUUUCAAAAACCUUUGUGACAUGAUAGUGGUAGCAAUCAAAUGUUUUAUAUUUUCUAUUGCAAUAUUUGUUGUUUGAUUUUGUUAGUCAUGUUACCCCAGAACAUGAGAUCUACAUGAGCAAAAGAAAUGAAAGAAUUAAUAAUCUGUAACUAUUUACUGCCUUUUCCUUGUUGUUGAAGGUUAAUCUGAAAAUUGGGAUGUUUUGUGAAAUAGACUGUUGGCCAGUUGGUGAUGUUAUAGUCAUUUGCAAUGCAAUGUUCUGCAGCAAACAGCACCAAUAGGUGUGGCUGUUGCCAACUUUUUAUAGCGAACACUACUUGCCAACUCAUAGGAAACUUCCUUCAACUCAGUAUUUUGUCACUUAACCUUUCUUAUAACUCAAGAUAACAGGCAUAAAAUACAUUUAUUGAAGUUAAAAUUUGCUGUUUGUUCUAAGAAGUCAUUGAUUUUAUUCUGACCGAUUAUCAAUUCUGGAUUGAGCGAUUGAGGUUUAGGCUUUACUUGGUAUGUCAGCAGUUUGACCUGUAUGUUGGCAAGUUGACUAAUGGUGUUGGCAAGUUGGUUGUGGAUGAGUUUACAUGCUGGCAAAGUGACCAGAAAACCUCUGCAUGGCAUUAUCCACCCCUUUCAAAGAAGAGGCUCACCUUGGAGUCUUUCAGGUCUCUAAAUUAACUCUUUACACCCUAACAUCAGUAUGCAUUUUCUCCACAAUUUUCUACACAUUCUCUAAGGUUUUGAAAAGGAGAAUUUCUUUAACAAUCAAGAACUUGUUUAGUUUUUGAUUAUUUCCCUUAUUCUCAUGACUUUGAUGUCUUAUUCAGGGGUGAUCUGGUGUGGAGAAAUUAGAUGCCAGUCUCUCUUAAGGGUUAAUGAUUGUGCAUAGUGAGUUGUUGGGUUAUAAUCACUUUGGUUUGUAAUUUUGAAUUACAGAUGAAACAACAACUAAAUAAGUAAAAGUUAUUAAUAAUAAUUCUUAUAAAUAGUCACUUGCUUCUGUUGGUUCACAAAUGAUUUGAGACAGACAAGUAGAGUAUUUGACCAUGCUUUUGCACCCAAAAUUGAAUAACCGUGUUGUUAAAGUGUGUCUAGCACUAAAGUUCAGUUAAUAUAGAUUACUUAGUAAAAAGUGCGAUGUAAAGAUUUUUAUUCACAAGUUGCAAUGAAUGUCCAGAAUGCAAAGUGAGAAAAAUGUGUGCAUAGUUGAUCAGCAAAGGCAUUCUGGUUGAUCUGAAUUUUAUUUGAUCGCAUGGUUUUCAGGGGGAAUGGAAGGGGAUCGUUCAUCAUUAACACAGUGUAAAGGGGGAACUACAGUCAAUUGACUGCCAAUAAGUGACAGUCAUUAGAAUACAGAAGAGCCUUAAGG